AUGGUGGAGGCGAGACUCGGUCAGACGGGCCUGGCCGAAGGUAGGCCGGACGGAGUGGGCGAAGUGAAACCGGCUCUGAUGAAUAGAAGUACAGGCCAAGAGGUGGAAGAGUGGUCGAUUCGGCUGGAGCCAAGUAAGUACAGAAACGGGGCUUGUUUUGCCACAUUCAGAGAGAGAAAUGCCCACAAGGCGGGAGGAGACAGUAGGUGGCAUGCUAGAGGAAGGCGUGAGUAUGAAGAAAAGCUGGCUUCUAAGAUUCCUGUAAUAGAUUGA